AUGUACUCAAAGUUUGUGAAGCCAGCAUUUGAGGAUUUCAUACUCCCAACAAAGAAGUACGCAGAUAUAAUAAUCCCACGUGGUGGUGAUAAUCAUGUUGCUAUUGAUUUGAUUGUGCAACACAUUUGUACUAAGCUUGGAUCUGUGUAUUCGGGUGUGGACUUCUGUAAGAGGCUGUGUGGUGUCUCAGUUAUCAGAAGCGGUGAGAGUAUGGAGAAUGCUUUGAGAGCAUGUUGCAAAGGCAUCAAGCUUGGGAAGAUUCUGAUUCACAGAGAAGGCGAAAACGAUCAGCAGAUACGUGAAGCUACCCUCAGACAUUUCGGAAAGGCACGUGCUUUUGCUGGACCCUAUCCUCGGGACAUGAAACUCGGCGGUGCAAGCGAUAAGGCUCCUGAUAAGUUUCCGAGGAUAAAGAUUGUGACAUCUGAGAUAGAGAUGGGUUUAAACGACAAGUUCAGAGUUGUACCUGGCAUGGGCGAGUUUGGAGACCGCUAUUUUGGCACUGAUGACGAGUGA